AAGUGCAUUAUCUUUAACUUCUUAAAAAUUUAUAGAUACAUUGAUAGUUGGAAUAUGUAAUUACUUGACAAAAAUAAAUAAGUAAAAAUGUGUCAUUCUAUUCCAGUAGUAGUUCCUCAUAGACCAUCCUAAUAUAUUAGUACCAAGCCAAGCGUAUUGACGAGUUCGUAGGUGCAUUAUUUGGCUUGGAGAAGAGUGCUAAUAAUCAGAAGAGAGCGAAGAAGAAACCAUGAAUGCACCGGAUCGUUACGAGCGUUUCGUCGUCCCUGAAGGCACCAAAAAGGUUUCUUACGAGAGGGACACCAAGAUCAUCAAUGCUGCUUCUUUCACCAUUGAAAGAGAAGAUCACACUAUCGGAAACAUCCUCCGCAUGCAACUCCACAAAGAUCCCAACGUGCUUUUCGCUGGAUACAAGCUUCCUCAUCCUCUUCAGUACAAAAUUAUUAUUAGGAUACACACCACCAGCCAGUCUUCACCAAUGCAGGCAUACAACCAGUCUAUUAACGAUCUUGAUAAGGAGCUUGAUACCUUGAAGAGUGGUUUUGAGGCUGAGUUGUUGAAGUUUUCCAAGGACUAUUGAUUUACAACAGUCAAGAUGGAAGUUGUGUGACUUAGUAACCUUUUGAAGAUACUGUGGCAGCAGAUCAGUCCAGUUAAAUCAUAUUAAAAUAGAUAUUUUGUAUGGAAUUCAAAGUUAUAUUAACAAAAAUGCUUUAGAAGGAGGAUUUGCACUGUGUAUUAAAACAACCAACUACUAGUUUAUUUCUGUUCUGUCACAUGGAUCUUGUGAAUCAUGGAUUUCAUGUCUAAAUUUUUAUUUACUGGGUUGAGUUUA